UGAGAAUGAACGGUAGCUAUUGUGGCCAGCAAACAACUGCAGAAAUACCCAAAGAUUGCAUCUUAUCGAGUCCUGUAUUUCAAGCUACAGGAUUAUUGUGGCAGGAUAUUCCACAAAAAGAAUGGGGUAGAUUGGCGAAUCUUCUUAUCCAAAAGUUGAAGUUGGAUCCCACCUUGCCAGAAACCAACGUCAGAAUCCAUCAACUUUAUUUGCCUAUAUUUUUUUGGUUGAAAAAGGUAUGUGACCAACAGAAAUCGGGUGCACCCAUCGUUGGUAUAUCGUGUCCACAAGGAGGUGGAAAAACCACUUUGACCUUUGCAGUGCAGUUUUUAUUCCAGCAGCUACAACGUAAAUGUGCAGUUGCUUCUAUAGACGACUUUUAUAUCACUAGAAAGGAGCAGCAAAUGUUGUUUGAGAGAGAGAGGAACCCAUUGCUAGAGUUUCGUGGCAACCCUGGAACUCAUGACGUGGAGUUGGGAGUACAAGUUUUAUCACAACUCAAAUCUUGUAAAGCUAAUGAAAGAGUGGCCAUUCCAAGAUAUGAUAAGGCCGCUUGGAAUGGUCUUGGAGACCGCUUUCCUAUUGACGAAUGGUAUGCAGUUGAGUGUCCCGUAGAUCUCAUUCUAUUGGAAGGAUGGUGCUUAGGUUUCCAGCCGGUUAGAGAAGAGGAACUCAUCGAUAGUCGAUUGGGCAGCAUCAACAACAGAUUAGGUGCUUAUCAGAAAUGGUAUGAUAUGUUGGACGGUUGGUUGGUAAUUGAAAUAGAAGACUUGAAUUGGAUUUAUGAUUGGCGAGCACAAGCUGAAGAUAUGCUUCGAAUGCAAAAUAGAGGAGCAAUGACACCAGAGCAAGUACGAGACUUUGUCAGUCGUUUCAUGCCAGCCUAUCAACAAUAUUUGUUUCGCUUCUAUCGAUCGCCUUUAUUAACCAGCGAACAAAAUAGACUACAGUUUCGUAUCGACAAGAAAAGACAACCGAUAUCUUCAAGUAAAUAUUAAAGUUCUUCGUGGACUGCAUUUGGAA